GAAACGCUCUCUCCUUUCUCUCUCUCCUCAGUGAUUCAAAAACUCUUCAGAAGUCGGGGUUUUACUUUCCAUGGGAUUCUGAGUUCUUCCAUCCACAUCUAGAAUCAGGAUUCCUCUCUCGGAGAUAUCUUUCCUCAGUAUACUCUAAAAGAUGGAUCCUCAUGAUGAGGCUGGAUGCCAAGCUCCCCCGGAAGGUCCUUUCCUGUGCAUCAACAACUGUGGCUUUUUUGGUAGUGCAGCCACUAAGAACAUGUGCUCCAAGUGUCAUAAAGACAUGAUGCUGAAACAAGAUCAGGCUAAGCUUGCUGCUUCAUCUAUUGAAAAUUUUGUCAAUGGAUCGUCUAGUAGCAGUAAGGAAGUGCGUGAAAGUGUUACCGAUGGUGCCAUUUCUGUGGAACCAAAGACUAUUCAAUCACAGGCACUGCCUUCAAUGGGAUCUGUGGAGGGUGAGAAACUAAACCCAAAUGUGGGUCCAAAACGUUGCAACUCUUGCAAUAAGCGUGUUGGUUUAACAGGCUUCAAUUGUCGGUGUGGUAAUGUGUUUUGUGCAGUUCAUCGCUACUCUGACAAACAUGACUGCCCCUUUGAUUAUCACAUGGCUGCACAAAACGCCAUAUCCAAAGCCAAUCCUGUUGUCAAGGCCCAGAAGCUCGAUAAGAUCUAGAUUUCUCUUGACAUGUAUGUGUCCUAAAUUGAUGUUCAUAUCCAGCUGUGAGGUGGGUUUCUGAUAUGCUGCAAAUCUAUGUAUUGUGGCUUUAUGUUCAUAUAUAUGUUGAAGAUAUUGCAGUUACAAAAUAUCUGAAUUCUGAAAGUUCUCUUUGCUUUGUGAUUCUUUGUCUGUGCCUGUCUUAAUGGACGUCAUCGUUAUUGGCCUUGUAAUGCUUUCUCUCUGUGUUUUGUAGCCAUUCUCUUGUUUUGACCGAGUAA